AUGGUCGAUGAUCAGAAUGAUAAUCGUAUACUAUGGGAUUGUGGAAGUCCGCUCUAUGAUUCCUACGAGCUCGUCUCUCUCACUCACAUCAUCGAACGCCAUUUCAUGUCUCUCCCUUACCUCUCCAGCGCCGAAAAACUAAGCUGUUCUCGGACACCGUCUGAUUUGGGGGCGAAGGCAAAUCGCGCGGCCAGCAUCGUCGUGGAUGUGUGCUGUUCCUCUGAUUCGAAAGCUGGUAAAUUACUGUGCGGGGUCUUUAGGACCAAAAGGUGGACAAGAAAGAAAAACGCCAAUCUUGUCGUCAAUGAUUACGUCAAGAAGAAGAAGAAGAAGUUGUUUUGUACGAUCCUCUCUUGGAUAAGGAUCCCUCCUACUCCUACAACAUCAAGAUUUGGUUCGUCGAAGAUGUGA